AUGCGUUUCUCCACUGCACUUGCUCUCAUAGUUCCCCUUGUCUCUGUCGCUGUUCUGGCUGUUCCUGCUCCGCAGUUAAAGACUGAGGGGUGGCUGAAGGAAGACCUUGCGGCCCGAAAGUUACAACCUGAGGGUUGGCUGAAGGAAGACCUUGCGGCCCGAAAGUUGGAGCCUGAGGGUUGGCUGAAGGAAGACCUUGCGGCCCGAAAGUUGGAGCCUGAGGGUUGGCUGAAGGAAUACCCUGAAGUUCGAGCGGAGCCCUUGGACCCACUCGCCAUCCGAGCGGAGCCCUUGGACCCACUCGCCAUCCGAGAAAUCGCAACGGAGCCCAAGGAAGACUUCACGUUCCUCUGA